AGACUAAAUAGUAUUGGGCACAUCAUUAAUCAUUUUGCUGAGAUAUGUGUAUGUAUUUUUCUUUCUGUAUGGGUAAAGAAAAUUGGAAAAAAAAAAAUCCAAGGAUAAGAUCAGUAUAAGAGCAUCUCAUAAAUUAAGUUUCAGAACGUAUACCUCAACCAAUUACCUGAUGAUAUGAUGAUAGGAAUGGAUGCUUUGUACUUUCAUAUUGUCUAUUCACCAAAAUUGUUUCAGAGCAGUACACACGGCAUCUAAUUUCCUUUCCUGCAACUUGUAAAUAUUAUUCAGUCGGGUAGUUGGAAAAAAGCACGGCAAGAAACGGAGAUAGAUCGAUUGUUCCAUUUCUUACAGAAGAUAUGAAAACCAAGCCAUUCUUUCUAUCCUAGAAAUGAAGGGGAAAAAAAAAAUUUCAUCUGAGAGAAUGAAAGAAAGUGAUCCGCGGUAUGCAGUAACAAAAGAAUUUUGUAUUCUUUUAUUUGUUCAUAAUGAAAUCUGUCACUCCCAAAAAUGAAAUGGUGUUUGGUGGGUUCAGAUUAGUCUAGGAUUGGAAAUUUAAAUCUUGUCAGGGUACGUAGGAAUAUCAACUCCUGUUGGAGAGGUGGGAUAUGCACAGCAGUUCAGGAUCGUUUAUAACUAACUUCAAGGAUGGAUAUUGACCAAUUGACCACUAUCCUUCUUCAAACAAUUAAUCAUUGUCUGCAUCUCCGCCGCGAACCCGAAAUCGAACACAAAACCAUUAUCCUAAUCGGGUUGAUCGAGAAGUCCGAAUCCAAUGUACAUUGGGUUCUUGUACUUAUCUAUUCCAGCUCUAAUCCUCUUAUACCAAACACAUGAAAACAUUAAUACAAAUCCAAUCUUAUUGUAAUCCAUUCCUUACCUGGAUGCCAAACGUGGCCAAAGGGUGAAAAAUCUGCAACCAACCAGAUAUGAUGAUCAAUACGACAAAAAGUUAAAAACCCCAGCAAGUGAAAACCUGCACUCAACCAUUGGAAAUAAUGGGAACCAUCUCAAACCAGCAAGAGCUAGAUCCGUGAAUCAAACCAAAUCCAAGAAGAACAACCAAAGCUGCAAAUAGAAAAGGACCAAGAAAGCCGAAAUCGUGGUCUCUCUUUGCAGCAUUUGCACUUGCACUUGGAUAUGCCAAAGCUUCUUUGUCCCUCAAAUUUUCAGUGCUAAUUGGGAUUGACCCUGUCAACCAAUAUUGCACAACUAAUCCACACAUCCUCACCUAUGUCCCUUGCUCUUUCGACCUCAACUUUCCCGUCGCCGUAAUUGGCACUGGCCUUGGACCGAACACACCCUCGUAAAGCCCAAGGUUUUUUUUUUUUUUUAAUAACGUAAAGCCCAAGGUUUAGGGCUGUGGGUACGUGUUUAGCCACAUCAAAGUCUCUGAAUACUACUUGAAUACCUAAAACCCUCCGAAUGGCCACCUCAACCGCCGGCAGAUCCAUUUUCCGGUCAUGCGCCUCAGCGGCGCGGUUCGCCACUGAAGCGAAAGCUGCUCGCUCACCGUUUCGCGUAGGAGCCAAGCAACGUACAUCAUCUCCCGCUUUCAGGUGUCGUGUUGAAUUGAGCUUCUGUGUGGAGUCGAUGCUGCCCUACCACACUGCCACAGCUUCGGCUUUGAUGACUUGCAUGCUUUCCAUCACUCGCCGCAGUUAUGGUUGGCUUCCAGAAGCUUGCAAUGAUGAUGAAUGAUGAUGGCUGAUGAAUGUUUCAAGGAUUCAAGGAAGUUUUAUGUACUUAAUCUUCAGUCUAAGGCAGUGACUGGUAAUACAGGAGUUUUGACUGAGAUGCAGAAGAGACAAGUUGCAUGUCCUGAGCUUUUAAACCUAGAUCAACUAGUAGACUUUGGUUACUUUUCUCUAGGCAUAAACAUAAUUUCUUCUUGAGUUAAUUUCUUCUCAUUAAUGUUGGUGAUCAAGCAGAGGUUAAAUCUUCAAAUGUCUUUUAUCACAAUGUUUUGGCUAAGACCAAGUAAUUGCCAUGGAAACCUCUUCUUUGUGAUGCAAACUAACUUGAACAAAAUAUAGUUCUCAGUAGCUGCAGAUUGAGAUUGCUUGCUUGCUUCCGGUACAGAGCGAUCAGCAAUAGGCUUGAUCACACACUUUGCUAGUGGAGACAACGCUCGGCAACUAGCUCGGAGACAGCGGGCUCUUUAAAAAGUUUAUCAACAUAAAUAUGUGCAUGCCUGUUUUAAAGCAGGCUACGACAAUUCUUGCGAAAACAUGGUUUGCGCUUCAAGCAUAGCUGAAGAAACUUGUAGGAUUGAACUCGAAUAGAGAUUGUAGUGGAGGGCUUGACUUGAUAUCUGGAUUUGUUUAUGGCUUUGCGGUUGUGGAGCUUGCUGUGUAGUUUAGAAGUGAAGCUCUUCCAAGCCUUUCUGGCUGGUGGAAGCCUACCUCAACCGAG